CUUAACAUUUUCUUGUUUCAGAUAAAAGAGCAAAUCAGCUCUAACGUCGAGAAUACAACAGUUUUAUAAACACUAUUUAUAACAGCUUCAAUUAAAUCUACAAAAUACAUCAUAUAUAUAACUUAUUUCUCAAACAAAUUGACAAAGAAAUUGCCGUAAUGUAUUCCAAAGCUCUCUACAUUACAAGUCUUUUGCUAUUUAUUUUUUAUACAAGUGCACAAGAUAUUAUCUACUCCGGAGACACGACGCCUGUCGCCGAUACAACCUACACAGACGUCACUAUAACAACUUUACUGAGCACUGCAGCAUAUACAACUAUACCAACCACAGUCAUACCGCCGUGUACGCCCGCUCAACCUCUGUUUGAAGCUGGUGGUAAGGAAUUACUGCGAGCAGAUGAUACUUAUGAAUAUAUUUGUUUCCCAGUCGAUGUUCCUAUUAACAACGAAAAGGUGGAUUGCGUUUAUAUUUAUGUAAAUGGAAUGGUAAGCACCAAUCCUACAUAUGACUAUUUGGCCAAAAUUCUACAACCUUCAGAUUCAUACACGUUUGCACCUUUCUGGUCAGACAUUGAUAUUCAAUACUUCUUAGCUGAUAAUGUCAACAAGUGA